AUGCGGAAAAAAUGGGUAACAUAUGGUUAUGGUGCAAUUUUGGUCACCCCUUUGGCUCUCAGGGAAUUGAUCAAAAUGUCCAAUCCUGUGGAGGAAAUUGUUGGUGAAUCUACACUGGAGAAUAAGCAAAAAGCCUUAAAUCACAAUGAUUCUUCUUCAUCAUCAACAACAGAUGAUGAUUUUAGACGUCCAAUCGAUAAGAAGAAGUGUCACCUCUUCGAUCGUCACAAACCUAUCCACUCUACUUUAGGUGGUGGCAAAUUGGCUGAUGUUUUACUAUGGAGGAAGAAGAAGAUUUCAGGAGGACUGCUUGCUGGUGCCACUGUCAUAUGGAGUUUUGUAGAGUUACCAAAGAUUGAAUUGCCAGAAGAGAUAUGGAUGCAAUUGGUCCUCUUACUGAGGGAUCAAUGCACCUGUGUAUCUGGUAUCUUUCGGGAAGUAGCAUCCGGAAAUGAUUUGAAGAAGUUUCUAUAUGCAAUUUUUAGCUUGUGGAUUGUUUCCAUUGUUGGCAGAUGGUUCAGUUUUCUGACCCUUGUAUACCUCACAACUGUCAUGCUGUUGACAGUACCAUUUUUCUAUGAGAAGUAUGGAGAUCAAGUAGAUACCUAUGGAGAAAUGGCUAUAAAAGAACUCAGGAAACAGUAUAGUCAAGUGGAUGAGAAGGUUCUUCAAAAACUACCAAUUCCUUUCAUAAAAGACAGUAAGCAGGAAUGA